CUUCCAACUUACAAUGACGCAAAUAGGCAGAGAGAGAGAGAGAGAGACAGAGAAUGGACCAAAGACCGUUAGUUAAUAUAAAUUGAGGAGCCAAUCAGGAAGACAAGAUCAAACCUUCGAUUUAAUUAAGAAAAAAGUUCUUUUUUGACAAAAUUAGGAACCCGGAAGGUUGAUUAUUAUUCAAGAAUAUUCAUCAUCUUCUUCUUCUCGUUCUACCUCCUCGUUGACGGAUCAAUCAAUCGAAGGUUCGUGUUAAAGGGCACGGGAGACUUGGCCAUUGAGAGGCCUGGCCGCCGUCAAAUUGGGAGCUUAGAGCUGCGGAGAAGGCAGACGGGAGAUAGUCGGGGAAGAGAUGAACGGGGGAAUGCUGAUGGUUCAGAACCCUCCCGCCACGUCCUCGCCGCCGCCUUCGCCGUCCUCGCCCUCCUUUUUCACGAAUUACCCUCUUCUGUCAGCCUUCGUCGCGUUCGCCAUUGCCCAAUUCAUCAAGUUCUUCACCGCCUGGUAUAAGGAACAGCGAUGGGAUCUCAAGCAGCUUGUCGGAUCAGGCGGUAUGCCUUCCUCCCACUCUGCGACGGUCACUGCUCUUGCAGCCGCCAUUGGGUUCCAAGAAGGCUUCGGGGGGACUCUCUUUGCCACUGCGCUUGUCUUAGCAGCCGUUGUGAUGUAUGAUGCCACUGGUGUAAGACUGCAAGCUGGAAGGCAGGCAGAGGUACUGAAUCAGAUCGUGUAUGAGCUCCCUGCUGAACAUCCUCUUGCUGAAAGCAGGCCAUUGCGUGAACUCCUUGGCCAUACUCCUCCUCAGGUCGUCGCUGGUGGAUUGCUUGGGAUUAUUACUGCCGUCGUCGGUCAUUUGAUCAUUCUAGCUUGUAGCUGACAAACCCUUUCAUACCACUGAUAACACCAGAAGACAAAAGUGCAACCAAAAGAUAGUUUUAGAUUUCGACAUCAAUUACUUUUCCUCGUUUUGGAACGUCGUGAUGGUGCUAAAAUCAGGUCAUAGUCACAUUCUUCUGAUAUUGAUUCAUUCUUGUAAACAGUGGAACAGCUCAAAAGUGUCUUUACAUUCAUAUGCGAGGUUUGCAAGAAGUUGAGCCUGACCUUGCAUGAUUCAUGUAAAAUAAAUUACAUAGUAUGAAGUGGCUUCUUUUGAUGGGA